AUGAAUGAUGUGCACUACAGUGAACAAUCAUUUCUCGACCAGUUAAUGGUGUGUACGGAAUACGUCGAUAAAGCGGAAAGAUAUGAACUCCUCGGACCGUUAUACCGUCUCAUCAUACCGAUUUACGAACGAAGAAAGGACUACCAAGCACUACUUGCCUGCUAUCAGCAUUUGACUAAAGCUUACGCAAAAGUUAUCGAAGUCACAAACUCUGGUAAACGAUUGCUCGGACGAUUCUAUCGGGUGGCAUUCUUUGGAAAGGCACAUUUCGCGGAAGACGAAGAGGGCGUCGAGUUUAUUUACAAGGAACCAAAAUUGACAUCACUAAGUGAGAUCUCCGAGAAGCUACAAACGUACUACGAACAAAAAUUUGGCGUGGGCACCGUGAAGAUGAUAAUGGAUUCAGCUCCGGUGAACCGUGAAGAUCUGGAUAGCAGGCUGGCCCACAUCCAGGUGACAUGGGUGAGAGCGGCGCCCGAGGGCAUGGCGGCCGCGAGCACAAGCGGCGAGAGUUUGUUCGAGCGCGCUCACAACGUGCGCCGCUUCGUGUUUGAGACGCCGUUCACGCGCGACGGCGCGCCGCGCGGGCCCGUGCACCAUCAGCGUCUGCGACUCACGCAUCUCACCACUGAAAAUUGGUUCCCAUAUGUGAAGCGGCGUAUCCCCGUCAUCGAGACUCAAGUAGAGGAGAAGAGUCCUAUAGAAGUAGCGGUGUCUGAAAUGGAGUCGCAGGUUACGGAACUAACGGAAAUUGUUAACGCAAAAGCACCCGAUCUAAAGAAGCUCCAGCUGAGGCUGCAAGGAAGCAUAUGCGUACAAGUUAACGCCGGUCCGCUAGCGUAUGCGAACGCGUUUUUGGAUCCAACAUUGGCACCGAUGUAUCCCGACGAAAUGGUUGAUAAAUUGAAAGCAACUUUCAAGGAGUUCUUAACAGUAUGUCACUCAGCGCUUCAACUGAACGCAAAACUCAUUAGUUCAGAUCAAGUGUCUUACCACGAAGCCCUCGAGACUAACUACUACAAGCUUAGCGACUCACUGUCCGGAAUGCUGGGCCAACCUUUACAAGAUAUACUCGUGAAUGGUAACCUUAGUACCACCGUCACUGGAGUAGAAUUGGAGUCCAGUAAUGCUUGA